AAGCAUGCUGCUUAAAGCAAAACUCGGAGGUGUGCAGAAAUUCGUUAGAGUAUCUGAGCCAAGCCUUAAGGAGUUUUUGAUUGCCGCAUUUGCAAAGUUUGGUGCGCCAGCCGUAACAGAAGGAGUGAAAGUUUUUGAUAGUUCAGGGACUGAGUUGGAUGAGGAUGUUUUUGAGGAUAUAGUAACAGAUCCCUCAACCGGGGUACUAACCAUCAAAUAUGAAACAGGUCUGGAAACAUCUGUUGCAGAAGUGUCUCCUGAGCGGUUCCAGUUAUCAUCGCCACAUUCAUCAGAUUCACAGGAUAUGGUCAUCCUUUCAGACAGCCCUUUGAGGAAACGUCAGAAGCUGGAUGCAGAAGCUAAGCAAUUGGUGGAAUCCAUUCUCACAAGCAAACCUGGUGGAGAACGUAUAAUAAAUGAGUACAAUCGGACCAAGUCCCUGGUGGAUGAAACCAGAAGAAAAAUGGUCAACAUACUGGUAGCUGACAUGACAGAAAAAAAUGGUACAUCACCACCACGGCAGGUAAAAGAAAUGUAUGCCAGAGGAAUUGUAACCUUUUUCCCUUACCUCAGUGACCCGUACUCAAAAAAUGGCUAUGAACAUUAUUAUGAUGGCGAGAAGGAACAUUAUUAUGAUGGCGAGAGUGGCACUGGGUACUUGGCCUGGAGGAUUAAAACCAUACAGAGAUGCACUGCUAAAGAGAGGCGAUUAACAUCUGGAGCACCAGGAGAUGGAUCAUCGGGUGAAGAUCAGUGUGGUGGACCAACUGUCAGACGAGAGUUGCAGUUUGUUACAGAGAACGUGCUGAGUGAGGAUGAGUGCAAGGAAGCAAUCGCUCUGAUGAAACAUUCAGCUGAUGAAGACACAGUCAAGAAGAAGAUGAAGUUGACAUUUGUUUAUCGACACAACAUGGUCCUUGACCCCCUUCUGUCAAGCAACAUACUGUCUGUGUUUCCACGUUUCAAAGAUAUCAAAGGCUUGAUCGAACAGGAUUUUGUACUGAUGUUUGGUGAAGAUGUAUCAGGCAGGUUGCUGGAGAGGUGGCCAACAACAUUCAAAAGAAAGAUUAUCCAACAAGGCAGGAAGCUUCCUUCUACCAGUGACCUGGAAGAACUCUUGCUGGCAGCUGACUCUCCUGAGGAUGCCACUGAAGUUAAUGCUGACAUUGGUGAGCUGUUAUUUCUUUAA